GCUAGUUCUCCAGUGCCACCAGCUUAACAGCAGGAUUCCCAGUGGAAUGCAGCACAUGGCAUCUCUCCCACUCCACCUUGUGCUCCUGCAUUUCUAACAGACUUCCGUGAUGCAAAUGGACAAGCGGGCUUUUGGAUAAAAAAGCCUGUUAAAAACAGAGGCUUCUAUGCUGACACCUAGCAGCUAUUAACCUAUUUCUGUUGUAGUGUUGCAAAUCUGCUGCAUUGAUUUGUCACGUGAAAUGCAGUGGAUUUUAGGAGUGUUAUGCCAAUUUAACGCUUUCUCUGCUGAAUGCAAACCAGCAUGUGUUGCCAUGAUCAUUGGCAUGUGAAAAUAAGAAAAGAGCAGUGUGAAGAGUGUACAGUACUAAUGUGGGAUGCCUGUGCAUGAGGAAGGGGAAACACCAAGUUAACUGAGUGAUACUAACUGUGAGACAUUCAGAGAGAAUUAACAAAUAACUUCUAGUUGAAGAGGAUUUGGGAAGAAGCAAAGGUAUGAGAAGUGGCAAAAAAUACCCCAAACCUGUCUCUUAUAGACCACUCUAUUUUGGGUUCCAUUCCAGCUUUAUUUCUGUGUUCCUUUUAGAUAGCAGACUUGAUCCAAGCUGAACCAAUGCCCAGGUCAGUUUGUACAGGCAGUGGACACCAUUAAACCAAGCUUUUUGGAUCUGGAGAAUGAAGGAUUGAGUAUUGUAUGAAAACUGUACUUUAUUGCCACAUAAUUCCAAACUGAAAUUUCUGAGAUACUGUUUUUGGAAUUGGUUGUGCAGGCAGGUCAAGGUACUGUGUUUCAUUGUAGUGGAGUUUUGAACUCUUAAGGAGGGGAGAUUUUCAAGGAGUAAUUCCCAGAAGACCACCAUGCUUUCACUUAGGUUUUACAGUAUACACAUUCCUGGUACAAUUUGGUCUUUAAUUUGUAUGAGGACUCUUGUGAAAAUGGGAUCUCAUUAGCUAUAGGUCUUGCUGGGAGCAACUGAGCCUGAACUGUCAUGGUGAGGAAAUUGCAGUAGCAAGAGUGCGCAGUUAGCAUCUAGUUGGGUUUGUGGAGGGAAUAUGACAAGUAUGGUCAGAAAGAAGUGCCAAGUGAAUACUGCUGAUGUGAUAAGGGUCACUGAGGUAAUCCACUUCAUCUGGCUAAUGGAGAAUGAAAUAUAUUGUCCAAUUGAUGGUGGCCAAAAGUUGCGAAUGUAUGUUAUGCCAUCAGGUUUAGGAAUGAGAGGAAGUUCUAAUGUUUUACAGUGUUUUUUUCUUGUAGGCUUCUUCUUUGGUUUGUUGGGAUUUUUUCCCUUUUGUUCUUUUUCUCAGAGGACCACCAUCUAUCCCAGUAGGAUCACUGUGAGGUGUUCUUAGCGUUCUCAUAUGAGUGAGUAUAUGUUAGGUUGGAAUUAAGCUUUGCAAUCUGCAAACUAUAAACUGUUUGACUGUUAGGAACCCUAAUUAAAACUUCAGUGCAUUUUCCAGAAUAAUCAUGGUUACUAUGCAUUCAUGAAGUGUGGAAUUCCUGUUGUGCCAGAGAAGAAUUCUGUAGAGUCUCACUUCUUUAUCAUGUAGCUUUGAGACUACACAUGAUGCAGCAGGCAGCUUUUAUUGGUGUUCUGGCAAUCUUCAGUGUGAAGGAGCAGAGACAGUUUCAGCUGGAAUUCAUUUUAGAAAGAUUUUGGAAUUGUAGCAGCCAGAUGGGCCUAUGCAAAGAGAAUGCUAUAGAAUGGCAUAGGAUUUUUCGUUGGGUUUUUUGUGGUUGUUUUUUGUUUGUUUGUUUUAAUUUGUUUUUUGUGGUUUUUUUAUUGAAUCACAGAAUGGUUUGGGUUGGAAGCUUCCCAUACAGUUCCAUUCUUUAAGGAAUGAACAGUAUAGUAAAAUUUUGGCAUCACCGUAAUAUUUUUAGGUGCCUUCAGAAUGUUUUUAUGGCAUUGUCAAUACAUUUCUCUGGAGAGAAGGCUAGGAUGGAAAUGAUCUCCACACAGUCUUGACUUUUCACAAGUGUGCUGUGCAGCAUUCAAUAUUGAACAGAGUUGCAGAUAAGGAGUAAAAAUAAGGUCUGAUCAACAUAGAGGUAAACAAGAAUUUUUAAUAUAAACGUAAAAGCAGCACUUUUAAAAAUGGAACAACCUUCAGCAUAGGUUUGAUAGCCCACAGUUUCUCUGUUCAUUGCAUUGCUGUGCAAGGAUAAUUUAAGCUGAAUUUGAAUUUGAACAGAUUCCUUUUUUUAAAAACAGCUUCAUGUCUCAUGAAGGAAGUAAACUACUUGAGAAUAUUCUUUAAACAAAAUAGCAGAAAGUAAUUAUUCAGAAUAAAAAUAUAUGACAGGAGUGAGAAUGAAUAGAGGGGUGUAAACUGAUAGAAACUGGUUUUUCUUCUUCCCAGAUGGGAGGAAUGCUUCAUGUAUUAGUCUUACGUACAGGCUUCUGCCAGCUGAAGUGCUGGGAAGUUGAAUUCUGUACUUGAUCUGGGGGAUUUUGUACUGUCUCAGCCUCCAAAUUGCAAAGUAGGUUGCAUUGAUUCAAUUGCUACUUAGAGCAAUCAGAAGAGAAGUUGAAAUGAAAGCAAAAUGGGGAAAAAUACAAGUCUUGGCAUGAACAACAACAGUAUUUAUUCACAAGUCAGUUGGCUUUCAUGGACUCAAGUGAAAAAUAAUUCAGUGAUGGGGAGGGAAAGAAAAGAACAUCAACCUUCUGCAGCAGUGAAUCUCUAAAUGCUGUGGGGGCCACGCUCACACCUUGCCGCAUCUCCUGGCGGCGGAGAAUAUUCCUGCAGGUAGCUUCACCUAUGAAUAAAUCGCCUUCCAAGAUGCAGCAUCCAGAUGGUCAUGAUGGAAGUGAAUUGUUACCCUUAUCCCCCCUUGCUCCACCCCUGGAGGAGGACCCUCUUGUUCUAGUAUUGCAAAAUGAGGAUGGUCCAGAUAAAACUGGAGAGAGGAGAAACUCAGAAGAACUACAAAGUCUGUGGAGAAAAGCCAUCCAUCAACAAAUUCUGUUACUUCGAAUGGAAAAAGAAAACCAGAAGCUGGAAGAAGCAAGCAGAGAUGAGCUCCAAUCACGAAAAGUAAAACUGGACUAUGAUGAAGUUGGCACAUGUCAGAAAGAUGCCAUAAAUAUUUGGGAUAAGAAGUUACUAAACUGCAGAGCCAAAAUCCGAUGUGACAUGGAAGAUAUUCAUUCCACUUUAAAAGAAGGUGUACCAAAAAGUCGUCGGGGAGAAAUUUGGCAGUUUUUGGCUGUGCAACACCGAGUCAGGCACAGGCUGCCAAACAAGCAGCAGCCUCCUGACAUCUCUUACAAAGAACUUCUGAAACAACUGACUGCUCAACAGCAUGCCAUCCUCGUAGAUCUAGGACGGACAUUCCCUACGCAUCCUUACUUUUCCGCCCACCUUGGAGCAGGACAGCUAUCACUGUUUAAUCUCUUGAAAGCAUACUCUUUGCUGGACAAAGAAGUGGGUUACUGUCAAGGUAUAAGCUUUGUAGCUGGAGUGCUGCUUCUACAUAUGAGUGAAGAACAGGCCUUUGAAAUGCUGAAAUUCCUCAUGUAUGACCUUGGCUUCCGUAAACAGUACAGGCCAGACAUGAUGUCGCUACAGAUUCAGAUGUAUCAGCUCUCAAGGCUUCUACAUGAUUAUCACAGAGACCUGUAUAAUCAUCUUGAAGAAAAUGAAAUCAGUCCUAGUCUUUAUGCUGCACCGUGGUUUCUUACAUUGUUCGCAUCUCAGUUUCCAUUAGGAUUUGUAGCCAGAGUAUUUGACAUUAUUUUUCUUCAAGGAACAGAAGUCAUAUUUAAAGUAGCACUGAGCCUACUUAGCAGUCAAGAGACAUCUAUAAUGGGAUGUGAGAGUUUUGAGAACAUUGUUGAUUUUCUUAAAACCACUAUUCCAGAUAUGACUAAGCCUCAAAUGGAAAAAAUUAUUACUCAGGUGUUCGAGAUGGAUAUUUCAAAACAGCUCCAUGCCUAUGAAGUAGAGUACCAUGUUCUUCAAGAUGAACUACAGGAAAACGUGAGUCCUUGUGAUGAAGGUGAACCCCUGGAGAAGCUGGAGAGGGCAAACAAUCAUCUGAAGAGGCAAAACAUGGAUUUGUUGGAGAAGCUACAGGUUGCUCAUGCUAAAAUUCAGAGUCUGGAAGCCAGCCUGGAGACUGUUUUGACUCGGGAGAACAAAAUGAAGACUGUAAUUCAGUCCCUGGAACAGGAGAAGAUAACAUAUCAAAAGACUCUUGAGCAGAUAGUGAAGUAUUUGCCAGCGGAAUCAUUGUCUGACUGUGAACUGCUCCUGAAGGAAGUAAACUACAACCCAAAUAAUAAAAUAUGGAGUAAGCCAUAAGCCAGGGUCUUCUAGGCAGCAUUUCUUCAAAAAAAAAAAAAAAAGGAAUGAAAAAAUGAGUAUGCUGCUUUUUCAAUAACUACUUAGCAAUAGGCAAUGGUAUUACCCAAAAAUAGUGCUGGGACACUCAUAGCUACAGAUGGGCCUUCAAGUGUCAGUAUGCAAAUUCAGGCUAUUAAUUUUUUUAUGGUUAUGUAAAUAAAUCACAAGGGGGAAAUAAAGGAUUCUCACAUGUAAUUAUGAUGAGUAGAUGUAUAUUUAGAGUUGACCUAAAGAAAAAGAGGAAUUGGAGUAGAGAAAGAUAAUUCUGAUCUGCAAAUUCACUCUGGAUGUGCUUGUCUUGUAGUGAAAUGAGGAUAGUGUGUCUUUCUAUAUCUGUAUAUUGAAUAUGUUGAAUAAUACUUGAAGAAAAAGAAAAAGGAGAAUGUAAUUUUCCCUCCAAAGAGCAGCAUGUUUCACAUCUUCUGUGGAAAAUCUGUGUGAACUCAUGCGUGCCUCUCUUUUAAUUCUACUGACAUUGUGAGCACAGACCAAUAAGCAGAAAAAGUGUCAUGACAUGUUUUGCACAGAAAGAGCUGUAGUGCCAUCCGCUGCCUGGGCUGUCCCAGUCAGCAGUGUGAUUCCACAUGCAUGUUGGAACUGGAAACAAAAAAGCAUUGCAUCAUAGCUCCACCUCCCUCACCCAGAGCUAAGGAAUAGGUGUCUGCACGCACUCACAGAGCUCGCAAAGGCAAGAGCUUGGUGACUGCUGCUCCCUUCUUGGCCUUUUUGCUUCCACCUGUGCUGGGGUUGAUCGUGAUGAGGAGAGGAAGGAAGCCCAGCAGUGGGAUGGGAUUCAUUCCGAUGUUAGUUUUCCACCGGAGAUUUGCCUGUUGUAAGUUAGAUGUGUAAGGGGUUCUCAUUUAACCAAAGAAAUGCUGCAAGAAGCCUUGUGUAAUUAUAUUGGGAUGCAGAAAGCUGUUUUAAAUUUUAUUUGAGAAGAAAAUUGAGGUAGGUUGCAGGAAGUUAAGCAUGAGUGCACAAGAGAGGACCAAGCAAGUCUCAGAUAUUAUGUACCUUUCAGUUUUCACAUAUACAGUGGCUAUACAUUUCAAAGGGGAUCCUGAAGUACAGGCACAGUUUUAAUAAUGCUUUCCAGGCUAUUCCUGUUUUAAUACUGCUUUGUGGUCUUCUUUUUAAAACAAAAGUCAUGAAUUUGUGUGUUCUGGACAGAAGGUGAGAUAAACUCUGAUCAUUUCAAGGGAGAAAUUAUGUUUAUAGAGGUAAACUUAUAAAAAGUUGCAUAUAGAUUUGAAAAUGUUUUCAAGUGAAUUUUUGAGAAGGCUUAGACAAAUGUGUAAUAGACAAGUAUUUUGGAGUGCAUGUCUGAACCCUUAAUUGCGUGUUACAGUGGCUCAUGUUAUUUCUUUCCCUUUAUACUGUAUUUCAGGAAACACUUGUUCUUUUUAGUAAGAAAACCAAUUAAGCAAAGUGCCAAAUCCAGCAGUGUCUUUUUGCAUAAGAUUGUCCAAUUUAGAAAGCAUGGACUGAAUAUCACUGCUUUCUAAGUAUUACGCUUUAUGUUACCAUAAAAGUGAGCAACAACAGUGCUUAUUUGCUGCACACUGCUGUGGAACUUAGGGGCUUUGGCUCUCCUGGGUUUUUUGUUGUUUUUUUACUUCCAUGAUGUUUUAUUUGGUUAAAGAUACUGAUUUACUUAACAGUCUCUCUUUUUACAUUUUGGGUGAAAGGUCUUAACACUGUGUAUAAAAUUAUGUGGAAUCUGUCUAGAUAUUUCAAGAAUGUCGUAUUGUACUAGAUGGGGAAAUGCCAAGUGACAAGGCAGUUCUUUGCAGUUUUGUUCAAGAGUGAGUUUUAUCUGAUGUGUAUAUAAAAAACUAAUCCCAGGAACUGCAGCAGAAUCUAUUACAAAGAAUCAAGAUUAUUCAGGUACAUCUUUUUUUGAAGAUGCACUGAAUGAGCUUUAUCGUCUGUUUCACUUUAAAUUUUUUUCAUGUAAUGCCUGGAGAAAUUCCAAUAAACGUCAUUGCUGCAUUUCCCACA